AGUUGUGGCCGAGGCCUGGACGCCGCCUCAACUGUAGGGGACGCUCCUCUGGUCGAUGAGACGCUGAACACGCCACCCACUUCAUCUCCACACCUCACACUCCACGCCCACACACUCAAGGUCGCAGCGACACUUGGACGAAGAAGAAGGUGGUAAGAGGAGAGAGGAGGAAGCAGGAGGAGCAGCAGGAAGAAAUAGAGACAAGAAAAGGCAGCAGGAGAAGCAGCAAGUAGCAGCAGGAGAACAAGCAGGAUGGUAGCACCAGUGUUAUGUGUACCCUUGUGUACCCUCCUGCUGUCUCUGGUCAAGACAUCUCUCACCUACAAGAUAUCCACAGUGGAUUCAGCUGGCGUGUGCAACGAAACCAUCUGGCUUGAAGAAGGAGCCAAGUCCGCUGCCAUACUGAGACUCACAGCCAAGGACUUCUACGACUUCGCUCCCUUACACUGCCAGAUCACCUUCAAGGCUCCCAAACACACCUGGUCAGGGUUGACGGGGGUGCUGGAGGAGGUGGAUCUCAGGCGCUACGAGGACACCACUGGUCAUCACCUAGCACAGAGCGAAUGUAUUGACUACUUUAUGGUGGUGUCGGACAGUCGGGUGCCGCAACAGAGGCAGUGUGGGUCGUGGUCUGUGUCGGGGCACGAACAGCUGACCCACCUCGGGUACCGACGUGCCCUGGUCGGGUACUGCCCCACCCCGCCUGCCAACGACCUCAACGUCCCUAGGUGCGGGGUGACAGAACUGACGGUGGAAGUAUCGGUAGGACAGCGAGACAGUCACUACCUGUGGAGGGACACCCGCUGGAGACCUCACCGAGGCUUUACCUUCGUCGUCACCGCCUACAGGUACUCGUACCACGAGAGCGGGUGUGCUGCGGGGUUUCGCUCGUGCGGCACCACGGACCACACCCACAAACACCACUGCGUCCACCAGUCACUCUGGUGCGACCACCACAUCAACUGCGGCCAACCACACAACUACGACGAGAUCUCUUGCCUCGACGAUGGUGAGCCGGUGGGUGGAGAUCUAGGGGGGUCAGAGAGACUUUGGGAGUCAGGGAGUCUUGGGCAUCAGAUAUACCAAGCAUCAGAUAUACCAAGCAUCAGAUAUACCAAGCAUCAGAUAUACCAAGCAUCAGAUAUACCAAGCAUCAGAUAUACCAAGCAUCAGAUAUACCAAGCAUCAGAUAUACCAAGCAUCAGAUAUACCAAGCAUCAGAUAUAA